UUCACUAGCUACAGGAGGCAACAUGCACCGAAGAUAUGCGUAUUGUUUUUGUGUUAAUAAUCUACAAAGCCUGUUUUAUGUAGUGGUUAUUAUUGAAAAAACCGAAUAAUUUACGACGAAAAUCCGGCAACGCAAACGUAGACUCGGUAAAAGCGACUGUACGUCGAAAGACCUCGAAAGUGAAACGGCGCUUGACGACUUUAUACUCUGUUAUCUCCGUUAUCAUUCAUCGCUAAAACGAAAACAUGUAAUAUACUUGUAGAGGAUUCAAGACCAUGGAUAAAGACGACGGGAUUGCAGUGGACAUUAUUGAGUAUUCUCCAACCGCACAAAUGUUUCAACGUCUCGCAUCAUCAGCAAUGCCACUGUUUUUGCUACUUCAACUUUUCCGACUGGCUUGUUUUGUUCUAUUUACCAUUUUUAUUGUCGAUUGUAUGUUGGAACAACAGCAAACUUCAGUAGAUUGCAAAAACUUUACCAUCUACAACGAGCCUUACCAAUGGAAGUUGUGUUGGCUUUCCUGUUCAAUWCUAACGUCAUUCAUAAUGCUGUUUGCAUUGUGCAAAAGAUUUGUACCCGAGCUGCGCCCUCAGAAGAAUCUCAAAAUUAUAAAAAUYCUUCUGAAGAAGCAGUUCUUUUGGUCGUAUAACUCUCUCAUURCGUUAGUCAUUGCGUAUGAUAUUCUGAUAAUCAUCAACAAUAAAGACWGCAAGGUGUACAUUGAAGUGUUGGUGAUAUUAUCCAAGAUCUUCACCAUGUUGUUAGUCUUCCACUUGAAUUUUACACACCCUCCUUCAACGCACCWGGGCUUCAAGAUGAUAACGAUAGUUUGUUAUUACUUUUCACUUCUUAUAUAUUGCUUGGACAACACUUGUAAAGCAAUAACAACGGCAGCACAAGUUGCAUUUAAAGUUUACACUGUACAUAGUGGAAGAGAUGUCGACCCAGUCGUUAUUGUGGACUUGAUGUUGAUGGCUACUAGUGCUGCGCUGUACAAUUAUUUCCUCCAGUUCUUUUGGAAUAAAAUGUUCUUUGGAGGGAAGGAUAUUUUGACAGUUUGCAGACAAGACUUCACACAGACGUUGGAUGAUGCUUAUUGAGUUCAAUGCUUUGAACUUCAUGUUCUGCGAUUCCUAUUCUUUCUAUAGUCACUGGGAUCGUCGGCUCACUGCUUGUUGCGCUAUAAACCUGAUGAAUCAUACUGCAACUGGAAGAACGCUACCAAAAAACGAUAGCCUUCGAACUACUCGAUUUGAGCAUAGUUAACUAUGAUUUGAGUGCGAAACAAAGCUCUAAAACUGAGCUCCAAAUAACUUUCAGAAGCUGUAUAACACCUUGCUUCCACCCGAUUCUUUUGCGCAUAUCAAACUAAUUUACAACAUUUUGCAAGUUCACGAUUCUUAGAGCGAGGAAGAAAUUUUUUCAAAAGUGUACAGUAUACUUUUCCGCGUCAGUAAAUAAGUGAAUCUACAAAAAAGUGGAUUUGCAACGUUUCGCAACAAAUCAAUUGAUGUUCUACAUCCCUAUCUGUAAAUUAUGAAUGAAUGCAUGAAUAAAUUAAUUAAAUUAAUCAAAAAGAGAAGGAAGUUCCACCUUCCUGGACCAACUCAGACSACCAACAAGCAUCUAAAACAGUAGCAAAUCAAUUAAAAACAGCAAUAUAAUUACAGCAGUUUACUAAUCCACUAAUCGAUUACCAAACUGUGUUUUAUAAAAGGUGGUUCCUUGCUGAGUGCCAGGUAACUAGACUUUCUGGAAACUUUGCCCAGAUAUUACGUCAAACUUUAAAAUUUUUCUUGACUUUGACCCAAGAAACCCCUACUUUGUUUUCGUUUCUAAGUUAAGCACCUUUUUUUAUUGCUAGAUUACACGAUAUAUUUGGACACUAAAUGCAGAAUACUGACACGUGCUACUUGGAUACACCAUGGUCCAUUGUAUUCGAGGGCAGCUUAUGGCUUCGGGUAUAGGGAGCUUUUCCAGUAAUUAUAUUUUGAGUUUAUUGCGACAUGUUCUUUCAUAAGGAAAGAAUAACAACAAUAYUGGAAUCAAUGGUUGUCUAGAAGAAAUAUUUGCCAAUAAGUUCGCGAAAACAGGGUUUU